AGCGAGCUUCUGUGCGUCCGUUUAAGCUUUCGACAACGUUGCAAUCUAACCCAGAACAACCGACCAUGCCGACCAUACCAGGUACCAGGUGGUACCGGUAGCACCAGUACGAUUACACACAGACUAUCUAUAUUUAUUUAUCUAUUGAGCCCUGCCAAGCACACUGUACACUGACUUUCUAUACUCGUAUCCAGUGGAAGAGUUGUCGCUUCGUCUUCGAUUACAGCAUCGGCAAAAAUGGAGCCUCCCAAUGGUGCUGAGGCACAUCAUGCUGCCGCCAAUGGAUCCUUCUUACCAGCACUAGCGGAUCCAUCACUGACCACUACACACGCAUUGGUAGCGUACUUGCGGAUGGAAGCCGAUCUGGCCGAAGAAAAGAGUAAAAGACUGCGAGCCCAAGCUGCUGCAUUGAGCGAACGGUUUGGCGUGACGGAAGAUAUGCAAUCUCAAUAUGAAUUGAAUCCAGAUCAAUUACCACCCACCGACGAGAACGGAGUGCCCAAGUAUCGAGGCAAAAAGCGUGGCCGCAAACCCAAACCACGCAAACGAAAAGUGGAUCCCAAUCGGCGUAAACGACAACACACCGCCUACACGAUUUUCGUUCAGGAGACUUAUCCAGGCGUCAAACUACAGCACCCAGAUUUGCAGUCCAAGGACGUAAUUUCCAUGGUGGCUCGACAGUGGAAAGAGUUUGAUCCACAGGAAAAGGCAAUGUGGAAGGCCAGAGCUCAGGCGACACAUGUGGAUGAGGAGGAAGAAGAAGAACCGGAUAUAGCAGACACGACGACAACACUGCACGAUCCGGAGCAACACCACGUCCACCAUCACUUGGAGGAUGUUGAUGGCGAGGCAGAAGCCACAGCAGCUGCCGAUGCCGUUUAUCAAGCACAUGUAGCUGGAAUGGGAGACGAAGCAGUGGAGGAGGAAGAGGAAGACCAUUUGGACAACGAAGAAGAAGUGGAAGAAGCAGAACAAGACGAGGAGGAGGAAGAGGUCGCGCCGCCAGCCACUCGAAGACGACGGGGAAGGCCCAAGAGGUCUUAGCCUCGUUCAAAGAAGUCAUGCAAACUACCGGUACCAGAUACUUGUACUUGUAACUAGGGUUACAUACUGUACGUUUGAUGCAUUCUUGUUUGAUGUAUCUAAUGAAAGUGGAAUCGAAUCGAUUCGAAUUCAACGACCGUCCACCAGUAACUUUCCUCUUCCCAACCAACGGCUGAAUCUCGAUGCUACCGUAUUGGCAAACCAAUAAGAGACUCUUCAACUCAUAAAAUCACAUGCAUAUGCAUCCUUCUCAUAUAAAAGUCUAGUACUCAAAAGGCGUCAAACCCCCCUCUGCCAAAUGCGCA